AUGAAGUUCAACGACCCAGGGAACACGACGGCUCAGUACACGAUUGAACAAGCCACUGCCAAACUUGCAAACGAGUUGAAAGUAAACAAAACCCUGACUCAACUUGAUCUUGCACACAACCAAAUAUCCGAUGGAGGAGGUGAAGCACUGGCAGAAGGACUGAAAGUAAACAACACUCUCACUCAACUUCAUCUUGAAGGGAACCAAAUAUCCGAUAGAGGAGGUGAAGCAGUGGCAGAAGGACUGAAAGUAAACAACACUCUCACUCAACUUGAUCUCUAUGGGAACCAUAUAUCCGACAGAGGAGGUGAAGCACUAGCAGAAGCAUUGAAAGUAAACAACACUCUCACUCAACUUCAUCUUGAAGGGAACCAAAUAUCCGAGCGAGGAGGUGAAGCACUAGCAGAAGCACUGAAAGUAAACAACACUCUCACUCACCUUGAUCUUGGAUAUAACAAAAUAUCCGAGCGAGGAGGUGAAGCACUAGCAGAAGCACUGAAAGUAAACAACACUCUCACUCAACUUCAUCUUAGAACGAACCAAAUAUCCGAGCGAGGAGGUGAAGCACUAGCAGAAGCACUGAAAGUAAACAACACUCUCACUCACCUUGAUCUUGGAUAUAACAAAAUAUCCGAUAGAGGAGGUGAAGCACUAGCAGAAGCACUGAAAGUAAACAGAACUCUCACUCACCUUGAUCUUGGAUAUAACAAAAUAUCCGAGCGAGGAGGUGGAUCACUAGUAGAAGCACUGAAAAUAAACAGUACUCUGAGUAUACUUCAUCUUACAGGCAACCAAAUAUCCGAUAGAGGAGCUGGAGCACUGGCAGAUGGACUGAAGUAA